AUGGACGUAAAAAUUUGCAGGAAAAAAAAUUUAAUGCACGGAGAAGAUCUUAUUGUUACGCCAUUUGCACAAAUUCUAGCAAGUUUACGGAAUGUGCGUAGUAAUUUGGUGCUUAUAGCUAACAUUCCACCAGAUGAAAAUCGCCCAAGGCCAAUACCAAAACGACCGCCACUUCAUAGUACAAUUUUACCAGAUGAUGUCAUGCAAUGUGGCCAAGAUACUUUGGAUGAGUUGGAUUGGUGCUUGGCCCAGUUGGAGACAAUUCAAACGCAUCGAUCCGUAUCAGAUAUGGCAUCUAGCAAAGUAAGUCUGUACUUACUUCUAGUUCUUUUGCAUAAGCAAAUGACUAUAGCUUAUUUGGAAGUUAAUUAUUAA